UUCCGGCGGAAAAAGAAGCCGGUCCCGAGUUUUGGCCGACCGGUAGCGGGGAGUCCGUUCCGACGCCUCUAUGAAGUUUGCUGAUCAAAGAAGGCCCACUUGUUCAGUGGAUGAUGGCAUUUGGGCAGAUACCAAAAAAGGAUUGGUACAGCAUUCUGGGGGCAAACCCGUCUGCAAGUAUGGCUGACCUAAAACAAAAGUAUCAAAAACUCAUAUUAAUGUAUCAUCCAGACAAACAAAGUGCAGAUGUGCCUGCAGGAAUGGUGGAGGAAUGUAUACAGAAGUUCAUCGAAAUUGAUCAGGCAUGGAAAAUUCUAGGGAAUGAAGAGACAAAGAAAGAGUAUGACCUGCAGCGGCAUGAAGAUGAUCUAAGAAAUAUGGGACCAGUAGAUGCUCAAGUAUAUCUUGAAGAAAUGUCUUGGAACAAAGAUGAUCACUCUUACUCUCUGAGUUGCCGUUGUGGUGGAAAAUACAGUGUUUCCAAGGAUGAAGCCGAAGAAGUUACCCUGAUUUCUUGUGAUACAUGUUCACUAAUUAUAGAACUCCUCCAUGGUAGCUGAAAUUGUUCACUAAAUGGAUUCCCUUAACUAUAUAUUCAGACAUGUUGAGGAAAGUCCAUUCCAGCUUUAUACAUUCAAGCAAC